AUGCAGCGGGUCGUCGUCAUGCGCCACGGCGAUCGCCUCGACCAUUCCGAGCCCAUGUGGCCCGCCAACAAGCCGCGCCCCUGGGACCCGCCGCUCGACGACGCCGGCCUCCUCCGCGCCUGGACCGUCGGCAAGUGCAUCAGGGCCGCCGCCGCCAAGCAGGGAUGGGCCCUCCACCGGGUCCUCGUCUCCCCGUUCCUGCGAUGCCGACAGACCGCCGCGCGGGCGGUCGCCGCGCUAUGCGCCAUCCCCGACGACGACGCGCUGCUCGCGGUCGGCGACCCGGCCAAUGUACCCCUCGACACCUCACGCGUCAAGGUGUCUAUCGAGUAUGGAUUGUCUGAGAUGAUGAACACUCAAGCAAUGGGCAUUAUUGUUAGCAAGCUGGCUCCCAGCGUCAACAAGUGGUUCCCUGACUUGCCAGAGCUCGAAGCCGACUUCCCGGCUGGAACCAUCGACCAUUCUGCACAACCAAUCUACCCGGAGGUACCCAAGUGGGAGGAAUCCAUCAUGGAGGCAAGAAGCAGAUACGCAAGCAUCAUCAAGGCUCUUGCUGACAAAUAUCCUCAUGAAAACCUGCUCUUAGUAACACACGGUGAGGGCGUUGGUGCAUCGGUUUCGUACUUUGAGAUGGGACUAGAGAUCUACGACGUGGAGUACUGUGCAUACUCUGUUCUGGAGAGGCAGGUGACUGUGAAGCCCGGUGAUGAACAUGGGGGCUUCACCGCAGAUAGCUUCAAGGUCAUGACCAAGAGUGGCAGCACAGGCAUACGAUACGCCCCGGUGUCAGAGGGCUGGUUUGUUGGUUGA